UGUAAAGUGCAUUGUAUCAACAAACAAACAAGGAGGUUUAUACAAAAAGUUUUGAGAUUAUUAUUGGCUGAAAUUCAUAGUUGAAAGUAUACGACUGACCCACAUGAAUUAAGCUGUAUUAAGUUCUGCAGUUUCAUCAGUAUUUUAGGAUUGUCUAUUGAUCGAGGAAAUUUUUAUUGCUUAAAACAUAUUAUGCCAGUUGAAGUGACCGAUGAUAUCGAAGAUGCCUACUCUAGCCACCUUGAUCGACACAAUGAGAAAUUGGCGCCUGGACGCGGACGACGUAGUUACCCACUUAAAUCCUCCGACCCCUAUAAUACAAGUCAGUCCAAGGAUACAGGAACCCGUCAAGGAGUCCUCCGAGAUCAGUAUGGACAGGCUGAAGAGUGCAAGUUCAACGGGAAAUGUCGAGAUAAAGACGGUGAGAGGGAAUUGGAGCAACUUACUGUGGUCAUUGAUAGCUCCGAGAAUGUUGAGAGAGGAAUCAGCAGAUGUGGAGGCACAAAAGAAGCUACUGAAGAAUAAGAAGAAAAAGAACAAGCAAGAAGAAAAGAAGAGUGAAGGGGGACAGUCUGGCGAGAAGACUAUAUGUAUGAUGGCAGAAAGCCCAUUCCGAAUACUGAAAGCGGCUGAAAGUGGCAAUUUGGAGAUAUUCCAGAGAUUGUACUUCGCCGAACCAACCAGGUUAUCAAUAAAGGACAGCAGAGGUAGGACAGUAGCUCACCAAGCGGCAUAUGGCAACAGGGUUAAUAUUCUUCAGUUCAUACAUUCCCAACGAGGAGAUUUGAACAACCAGGACAAUGCAGGGAACACACCUCUUCAUAUAGCUGUGGAAAAUGAAUCUCUAGAUGCUGUAGAUUUUUUACUUAAAUUAGGCGUGAGGACAGACAUCCUGAACGAAAAGCACCAGGCCGUCAUUCAUUUGACGACAGAACUGAACAAGGUAAAAGUUCUGGAAGUGAUGGGAAGACAUAGAAGCAUCAUAAACAUCGAGCUGGGUGGUGACCACGGUAGGACGGCCUUACACAUUGCAGCAAUCUAUGACCACGAUGAAUGCGCCAAAAUGCUGAUUUCAACGUUUGGAGCUUCGCCGAAGAACCGAUGCAACAACGGUUACUACCCAAUCCACGAAGCCGCGAAAAACGCCUCGUCCAAAACCUUGGAGGUUUUCCUCCAAUGGGGUGAAAUGAACGGUACCACCAGAUCCGAGAUGAUAUCCCUGCCGGACGCUGAAGGGAACAUACCACUACAUUCGGCAGUUCAUGGAGGCGACCUCAAGGCUGUUGAGCUCUGUUUGAAGUCCGGCGCCAAGAUCUCGACUCAGCAACAAGACUUGUCGACCCCCGUACAUCUGGCUUGUUCCCAAGGUGCCACUGAGAUCAUAAAGCUGAUGUUCAAGCUGCAACCUGAGGAGAAGGUGGCCUGUUUGAAGUCCUGCGACGUGCAGAAGAUGACUCCCCUUCACUGUGCCGCCAUGUUUGAUCACCCUGAGAUCGUCGCUUUCUUGAUCGACGAAGGUGCUGAUAUAAACUGCAUGGAUAAGGAAAAACGCACACCUCUACUCCUUGCAGCGGUUAGGGGAGGCUGGCGGACCGUUCACACCCUCAUAAAAAAGGGAGCGGAUAUAAACGUGAAAGACGUAAACCGACGCAACGUCCUGCAUCUCGUGGUGAUGAAUGGCGGCAGGCUGGAGUUAUUCGCGAACGAAGUAAGUCAGGCCCAGUCGCACUCCAGCUUGCAGCAGUUGCUGAACGAGAAAGAUGUGUCUGGUUGCGCGCCACUGCACUACGCGAGCAGGGAGGGACACAUCAGGAGUCUGGAGAACCUGAUACGUCUUGGAGCGGUGAUAAAUCUGAAAAAUAAUAACAAUGAGAGCCCUUUGCAUUUCGCAGCCAGAUACGGACGUUUCCACACCGUCAAACAGCUUUUGGACAGCGAAAAGGGAACGUUCAUUAUAAACGAGUGCGACGGGGAGGGUUUGACACCCCUCCACAUCGCCUCCCAGCACGGACACGCGAGGAUUGUGCAGUUGCUGCUCAACAGGGGUGCUCUCCUCCACAGGGAUCACAACGGGAGGAAUCCCCUGCAUCUGGCCGCUAUGAACGGCUUCACUCAGACCAUGGAACUGCUGCUUUCUGUGCAUUCGCACCUUCUGGACCAGACUGACAAGGAUGGGAACACGGCUCUGCAUUUGGCGACCAUGGAGAACAAGCCGAAUGCAAUCUCACUCCUCCUGAGCAUGGAAUGCAAAUUACUCCACAAUUCAACAGAACUCAGUGCGAUAGAUUACGCAAUUUAUUACAAGUAUCCAGAAGCUGCCCUUGCCAUGGUCACACACGAGACAAGGGCGAAGGAAGUCAUGCUGCUGAAGUCCUACAAACAUCCUUGUGUCACUCUAGCACUUAUUGCUUCGAUGCCAAAAGUUUUUGAAUCCGUACAAGAUAAAUGUAUCACAAAGGCCAACUGUAAAAAGGAUUCCAAGUCAUUUUACAUCAAAUACAACUUUCAAUGUUUGCAAUGUCCCGAGUUCUACGCAGAUAUGGAUGGCAAGACUGGAGAAGCUUUGAACAUAUACAGACCCAUACCACUACCGGCUCUAAAUGCUAUGGUUUCUCACGGCAGAGUAGAACUAUUGGCGCAUCCCUUGAGCCAGAAAUAUCUUCAGAUGAAAUGGAAUUCUUACGGAAAAUACUUCCACUGUGUGAAUGUGAUCUUUUACAGCUUCUUCCUAGGUUUUGUGACUUGCUUUUCGGCACAGCUGAUGACGAGACACGGCGAUGACAGGAGGAAUUCAACGCAAAAUGAAACCUUAAACAUCGAACAGAGUAUGCAAGAUCUCCUGGAUGUCGAAAUAUCCACGGUGAUAUACGUCAGUGCUUUAGGCAUUUUAGGCUGUCUUGGACUAGGGGUGAUCAAGGAAGGUAUCCAAGUUUACCAGCAAAAGUGGAUGUACCUACUGGACCCCAUAAACCUGGUCACAUGGAUACUUUACGUAGCAGCCAUGGUCAUGGCUCUUCCGAUCUUUGGUGGGGAGUUUCAUGAUCUACAUUUUUCCUGCGCGUCCAUCGUCGUGUUCUUGAGCUGGUUCAACCUGCUGUUGCUGUUGCAGAGGUUCGAUCAAGUGGGGAUUUAUGUUGUGAUGUUCCUAGAGAUCCUGCAGACGCUCAUCAAGGUGCUGAUGGUGUUUUCCAUACUGAUCAUAGCGUUCGGUCUGGCGUUUUACAUCCUGCUCUCGAAGGGCCACCAUCUCUCCUUCAAAACCAUCCCCAUGUCCUUGGCCAGGACCUUCUCAAUGAUGCUGGGUGAAAUAGACUUCCUUGGAACAUACGUGAAACCGUACUACCUAACGGUCAACGAGGAAAAGUCCUUUCUACCCUUUCCCAUCCCUUCCUUCUUCAUCCUCGGCAUUUUCAUGGUACUGAUGCCCAUCCUUCUCAUGAAUCUGCUCAUCGGUUUGGCGGUCGGUGACAUAGAGUCUGUCAGGAGGAACGCCCAACUCAAGAGGCUGGCCAUGCAAGUGGUUUUGCAUACCGAAUUAGAGUCGAAACUGCCAAAAAUGAUUUUAGAAAAAGUUGACAAAGUCGAGCUUAUAGAAUAUCCGAACGACACCAAACACGAGCUGGGUCUGUGGGAGUCGAUUUUCAGAAAAUGGUUCGGAGAUCCUUUUUCAGAUGAAGCUAUGGACGUUGUUGGAGUAGAUAACACAGAGGAUUAUCUAGUUACGGAAAUUUCCAAAACGAAGAAGCGGCUCAAGGAACUUGCUUAUGCUCUUGAAACUCAACAACAAUUUUUGAGACUUAUCGUUCAGAAAAUGGAAAUCAAAACAGAGGCGGAGGAUGUGGACGAAGGUGUCUCAACCAACGAAAUGAACUCAGCACAGACAGCCUCACACAAAUGGACAUCGCCCAAAAUAAGGAAAAAACUUGGUUCAGUGUUAAACUUCAAUAAGAGCCUUUGAGAAUUAUUGAUCUCAGAUUACCAGUAUUCACUGUUCUUCAAAUACAUUCCGUCAUAGAAAAAUAGAACCCUUACCAGGAUAUGUUCGAAUUUAAGAUUUAUUUUUUCAAUGUUUUUCAGUAGGAAAUAAAGGUCUCCACAGAUA